CGGCGGGGCUGAGGCGACGCUCGGGAGCCGCGCAGGCCGGCAGCGACCCCGGCGCCAUGGCGGAGCUGGAGAGCCUGGAGUUCGGCAAGGCGGACUUCGUGCUGCUGGACUCGGUCUCCAUGCCCGAGUUCAUGGCCAACCUGCGGCUGCGGUUUGAUAAAGGACGGAUCUAUACAUUUAUUGGUGAAGUGGUGGUUUCUGUGAACCCUUACAAAAACUUGAACAUUUAUGGUCGUGACAUGAUUGAGCAGUACAAAGGACGGGAGUUAUAUGAGAGGCCCCCUCAUCUCUUUGCAAUUGCUGAUGCUGCUUACAAGGCCAUGAAGAGACGAUCAAAAGAUACCUGCAUUGUAAUAUCAGGUGAGAGUGGGGCUGGGAAAACUGAGGCCAGUAAAUACAUUAUGCAGUACAUAGCAGCCAUCACCAAUCCCAGUCAGAGAGCAGAGAUUGAAAGAGUGAAGAACAUGUUGUUGAAAUCCAACUGUGUGUUAGAGGCCUUUGGCAAUGCCAAAACCAACCGUAAUGACAACUCCAGCAGAUUUGGAAAAUACAUGGAUAUCAACUUUGAUUUCAAAGGAGACCCGAUAGGUGGACAUAUCAAUAACUAUUUACUAGAAAAGUCCCGAGUGAUUGUGCAGCAGCCAGGAGAACGAAGCUUUCACUCUUUUUAUCAGCUUCUCCAGGGGGGUUCUGAUCAGAUACUACGCUCUCUACAUCUUCAGAAAAAUUUCUCUGCAUACAACUAUAUUCGGGCCGGAGGGCAGUUAAAGUGUUCCAUCAAUGAUGGUGCAGAGUUCAAAGCAGUGGCAGAUGCUAUGAAAGUGAUAGGCUUCAAACCAGAGGAGGUUCAAACUGUCUACAAAAUUUUGGCUGCCAUUCUUCACUUGGGGAAUUUGAAGUUUUCAGUGGAUGGCGACACGCCUGUGAUUGAAAAUGGCAAGGUUGUGUCGGUAAUUGCAGACUUGCUGUCAACAAAGUCUGACAUGGUGGAGAAGGCCCUGCUUUUUCGAACUGUAGCUACAGGCCGGGAUGUCAUUGACAAGCAGCACACAGAGCAGGAAGCCACCUAUGGCAGAGAUGCUUUUGCAAAGGCUAUAUAUGAGCGCCUUUUCUGUUGGAUUGUCACACAUAUCAAUGACAUCAUUGAGGUGAAGAACUAUGAUACCACGAUCCAUGGGAAAAACACAGUCAUUGGAGUCCUGGAUAUCUAUGGCUUUGAGAUCUUCGACAACAACAGUUUUGAACAGUUCUGCAUUAAUUACUGCAAUGAAAAGCUGCAGCAGCUUUUUAUUCAGCUAGUUCUAAAGCAAGAACAAGAGGAGUACCAGCGAGAGGGGAUUCCCUGGAAUCAUAUUGAUUAUUUCAACAACCAGAUUAUUGUGGAUCUGGUGGAACAGCAGCACAAGGGGAUCAUUGCCAUUCUGGAUGAUGCCUGCAUGAAUGUUGGAAAAGUCACCGAUGAGAUGUUCCUUGAGGCACUGAAUAACAAACUGGGGAAACAUGCUCAUUUCUCCAGCAGAAAGGUUUGUGUGACAGACAAGAUCCUGGAGUUUGAUAGAGACUUUCGGAUUAAGCACUACGCAGGAGAUGUUAUAUAUUCAGUCACAGGAUUUAUUGACAAAAACAAGGACACUUUGUUCCAAGACUUCAAACGCCUAAUGUAUAACAGCUCCAAUCCUGUGUUGAAGAUGAUGUGGCCUGAAGGUAAAUUGAGUAUCACAGAAGUGACCAAGCGACCCUUGACUGCUGCUACCCUUUUUAAGAACUCCAUGAUUGCACUAGUAGACAACCUGGCAUCUAAGGAGCCAUAUUAUGUCCGAUGCAUUAAGCCCAAUGAAAAGAAGUCAUCACAGCUGUUUGAUGAAGAACGCUGCAGGCAUCAGGUGGAAUACCUUGGACUUCUGGAGAAUGUCAGGGUCCGACGGGCAGGAUUUGCCUACCGCCAAACAUAUGAAAAAUUUCUUCACAGGUACAAGAUGGUCUCAGAAUUUACUUGGCCAAACCAUGACCUCUCUUCAGACAAAGAAGCUGUGAAGAAAUUGAUUGAGUGCUGUGGGUUUCAGCAUGAUGUAGCCUAUGGGAAGACCAAGAUUUUCAUACGAACUCCACGGACACUCUUCACCUUGGAGGAACUGCAUGCCAAGAUGCUUGUUGGAAUUGUCCUCUUUCUACAGAAGGUCUGGAGGGGCACACUAGCUCGCCUUCGGUAUAAGAGGACAAGGGCUGCCCUCACAAUAAUUAAGUACUACCGCCGCUACAAGGUGAAGUCCUACAUCCGUGAGGUCACCCGGCGCUUCCAUAACGUCAGGUCCAUGAGGGAUUAUGGAAAGCAUGUGAAGUGGCCCAGCCCUCCAAAAGUGCUGCGCCGUUUCGAAGAAGCACUGCAGGCAAUUUAUCACAGGUGGAGAGCAAAUGUGCUUAUCAAGAGCAUCCCACCAGAAGAUCUGCCUCAGGUCAGGGCUAAGGUUGCUGCCAUGGAAUUGUUGAAGGGUCACCGAGCAGAUAUUGGGCUACAAAGAGCCUGGGAGGGUAACUAUAUUGCAUCGAAACCAGAUAACCCUCAGACCACAGGCUCUUUCAUCCUUAUUGCCAAUGAGUUGAAGAGGAAGGACAAGUACAUGAAUGUGCUCUUCUCAUGUCAUGUCCGCAAGGUAAAUCGCUUUAAUAAGGUGGAGGACCGAGCAAUUUUUAUCACUGAUCGACACCUUUAUAAAAUGGACCCUAUGAAGCAGUACAAGGUGAUGAAUAUCAUCCCACUUUACAAUUUGACGGGAUUGAGUGUCUCCAAUGGAAAGGACCAGCUUGUGGUCUUCCACACAAAGGAUAACAAAGACCUCAUUGUCUGCCUCUUCAACAGACAGCCAACUAAUGAUAGCAGAAUUGGAGAGCUGGUUGGAGUCCUGGCAAACCACUUCAAGAGUGAGAAACGCCGUCUGCAAGUCAAUGUUACCAAUCCAGUCCAGUGCAGCAUGCAUGGUAGGAAAUGCACGGUCUUUGUGGAAACCAGGAUCAACCAGACACAGCCAGACUUCACCAAGAAUCGUUCAGGUUUCAUCCUCUGUGUGCCAGGAAAUUAGCAUCCCUCCACUAGAGCAGAGAGCCUUGAAAGGAGACAGACCUGGGCUUAGGUUGCCCUCCCUGUGCCUUGAACUUUUCAAGGGAAUUAAUUUAGAAAUGCUCAGCUGUGACUUGCAGUCAUGCACCUAAACAGAUCUCUAAAGCUAGAGGUUCAACCAGCCCAAAUUCAAGAGAGAGUUUCUCUGCCACAUCCACCAGAGCUUAAAAUAUCCAAUCAGAUGUGCCCAGCUUGGCAGGCCUGGACUCAGGAAACUGCUUCUGAGCUAUUCAGCCGAGAGCAUUUACUUAUGGGCACUGCUACACCUGGCUUCCUCCCUUCCCCCACGCUUCUGACCCUCUCCCAUGUUCCUCUCCGAGUUUAUCUCCAUGUCUCAAUUUCACAAUAUUGUGCAGCCUCUGUUGGAGGGACCAAAGACUGGGCUCGGGAAAGGAGCCCAGCAGUAACAUGACUUGAAUUGGAAAGGCCAAAUCUCCCUUAAAAAGGGCUGGAUUCUCCUGAGGAAGGCACAGAACCCACACUCCUCCCAGCUCCUCUCCGGCAGAGCUCAUGGGACUGUUGCGGGUACCUAUAAGAAGCCUGCUGCUUUUCCUGUAAGAAGUCUAUUGGCCUGUGAGAAGGGAGGGGCUGGGAGGGUGGCAUUAAAGAUGUGGAGUCCCAGCCUGCAUUCUCCAGCAGGACCCAGCAGGACCCGUGGUGCAGUGAGGGCUACGGUGAAUGCUGGCUGAGCUCUCUGCACGGCUGGGUUUCCUUUCCAGGGUCUCUGCAGAGGCUCUGGAAACAUUGGAGUGAUGGGUCCGAGGAGACCCAGCCCGCAGCUCUCGAGUCUGUGUACACGACCUCUGGGCAGUUCCGUCCAAGCAUAGAGAGAAAUCCACAAACCCUGGUCUUAAAUGGAGAGACUUCCUCUUCUGCAGCUGCCUAGAGACCCUCCUUAGCCAUGCAUUGGACACCUUCAGCACAAGCCCACGAGCCCCCUCUGUGCCUCUCUCUGGCUUUUCUGGUAGCAUCGUACUUAGCAGCUGGUGUGUAGCCUGCGUGUGUCUGUUCCCCGUGCCCCAGGCUGGUGACAGGGCGCUGGUUUCAAUCAAGUGCAGACUUUACCAGCUCUCCAUUCUCCUCUGCCAGAAUUCCUAAGCGGCUUUUGAUUUAAUGUCAGUGGAUUGUAUGUCAGGCUUCUACUGUGGGGCUUUAAUGGGGGAGACGGUGACAUUAUGGGGCUACUGAGACUAUAGCUGUUCAGUUCUGGCACUGCUGGUCAGGUCAGGAUCCCAGUUCUCCGUGCUGUACAAGGCCUGCCUGGGGGGGGUCUGUCCCAAUGAGCCCAUCCUAGGGACCUCCAGUCCCUGGCUUCACUGGAGCAGUUGCUUAGCUCGCAGCUCUGUAUGUUUUAGCGCUGAAGAGGCACUAUUCAAGGGCAUGGUAGCCAUCCAGCUCCAUAGUGAAUACAAAGUCACCCUAUGACCAGAGGAGAGGGUACAUGGGUCCCAACAGUGUCUCUGCCCGGCCACUGCCAGGGAGACGCUGAGAUUAAUUGGUAUCUGGAAUAGAGGAGAGAAGCUACAGAGCUGUGUUUAAUUAGGACAAGCUUAAUUUCCAAUUUUGUGUUUGCCAGAGUUCCCGUGGGAUAGCUCAGUGGUUUGAGCAUUGGCCUGCUAAACCCAGGGCUGUGAGUUCAAUCCUUCAAGGGGCCACUUAGGGAUCUGGGGCAAAAAUCUAUCUGGGGAUUGGUCCUGCUUUGAGCAGGGGGUUGGACUAGAUACCUCCUGAGGUCCCUUCCAGCCCUGAGAUUCUAUGGCUAUUCCCUUCCAAUUCCUUCCUAUGGCUGCUCCGUCCCUUCCCCUGCUAUACAUCGCACGAUUUCAGUGCAUGGCCUCUAGCCAGGACCCACCGAGUGCAGCCCAUUGUCAUUAAGGAGCAGGAGUCCCCAGGGCCACCCUGGCACCUGCUCACUCGGUUUGCUGGCAAGGAGAGCUCCUGCGGCCUGGGACGCUCAUGGCCUUUUCAGAUCCCCCCCAUCCGUUGGGAAAAAGCAAUUAUGGCUGUUGGCCAAUGCAGGUUAACUGUUAGCAGCUGCCUUACCACGGCCUAACACCCUAGAGCAACAAGGAGCGUGGAAGUGACUGCCCAGCCAAGCAAUUGCUCCUACACAUGCCAAACGUGUGUGCGCGCGCGCAGAUGGGUUAUCAGUAAGGGGCCUUUACCUCUCAUUCUGCUUACUCCCCGGCUUUUGCCGCUCCUCAGCAGAAGAAUGCCAGCACUCAAGCUGGUUUGUAAUUUGUGCUAGGAAGGAGGAUUUGAUUUGGUUCUAAUCCCUAUAAAGCAGUAGAAGAAAAGGGGAGCCCUCCCCAGCCGCUGUGCCUUUCCAUUUGCACUUUUUGCUUUUUUUCUGUAAUUGCCCAAGUGCCUCCCCAGUAUCACAAGUGUAGUAGCCACAUUAGUGGGAAGAGUUUUAAUUAGCACUUUGGUACAGUAUCCCUCCGACGAAAUGGUUGUAUAGAAUCAUGAUGGAUGUGUAGGAAAUCUCAGAACACUGCGAGGGCGGGAUAUUGUAUGUGAUGAAGUAUGUGUCUUUAUUAAAUGAAAUACAUUAUUUGUGCCUGUUCUGGUUUAUAUAUAUAAUCCUGGUUUUCCCAUAAAUUAAUUAUUUCUAAAUUGUAUUCUGAUUUUAAGCCUGGGGCAAUAAUGCAAUGAACCUUUUUUAAGUAGUUGAUACUGUAAAAUAUUAAGGAAAAAGCCCUGCUAUUAUGAAAUUGGGGGUUUUUGUUUACAUAAUUCAAUAUAAUAAAUAAAAGCACUAUUAGUUGCA